GCGGGCAGUGUGAUCACCGGUCUGUGUUUUGUGCCGCGACCCCAUUGGCUGGCCAGUUCAAGUUCCGCCCUGGAAUCCUCUACUGGGACGGCUGCCGCCGGUGACGGCGAUCCAGAGGACUGGAGGGAAGAUCCUUUCAUCAGUCUGCGUCCCUUCAAGCGACAAUUGGGCUGGAACCACGAUGACCUCUACUACCUUCGUUUGCCCAAUUUGCGACAGGACCGUCUACCCGACUCCUUGGCAGAAAGUAUUUACAAAGACGAUUUCAUGGAGACGAUCACCGGCAGACAUGUGAAUGCUCCAUUUGCCAAAUCGAUCCACCUGUUGGAGACGGUAAAAGACACCGAUUCCCAUGAGCUAGAAGCUCUGAAGGCAAAGUGCGCCCAACUGGAGGAAGAGAAGCGAGAGCUGCUGAGAAUCUCUGGGCCUGAGUAUAGUCUCAUAGGGCUAUUGUGCAGUUCAGGAUACGUCCUCUUGGUCUUUGUCAUUGGAAAAGGCCGAUUUCGCCUGCUAAGCACCUCUCGCAGGCCCAAGCCCGGCAAAGAUGUCCUCUUCGUUGUAGAAAAGGCGCGUAUCUCGCGGAAUGAUGGUAGUCUCAUGUUCAUUCAGCAGUUUGUUGUGACGAGUAGAAUGGAGGAAAGGGUACCCGUUCCAUUUCUGAAAAGUUAA